CAAAUUUAGGGUUUAUCCCCAAAUCAACAUCAAAUUGACGACUCUAGUCAUAAACCGUCGCUGUGCGGGUUUCUUCUUCUUCUUCUUCUUCUUCUUCAUCAUCCUUCACCGCUUCAUCAUGUUUAUCUCAAAAGCUUUAAACCGUCGGCCUCAAUGACCACGCGUUACCCAUUACUUUCAACCUGAUUUGGGUUUUCUUUCUUGCUUCUAUGUUUCUGAAGCUCUUCUCCACUAAAAGAAGUCAUCUUUUUGCACGGAGGAGUAUUCACUUGGGUAAGCAUUUCAAAUACCCAAAUCCUGAAGAUAUCGCUUUCAGUUCAAUUUCUCUUCAUUUAAGACAAAGAAAAUGGAAUUUAUUGGACAAAUUAUUGUCUUCAAAUCUCACAAACUCAUUAGUCAAUCGUAUACUUAUAGAGUUUCGGAGGUCCCCAGAGUUAGCUUUAGGUUUCUACAACAGGGUGGUUGGGGAGCAAAAGAGCUUUUCUCCCUCACUAGAUAAUGUAUGUAUAUUGAUACAUGUCAUGAUUAGCUGCAAAAGAUAUGAUGAUGCAUUAGAUUUGAUGAGUAACUUAAUGCAAACAAUGGGUCAUUCCCAUUUAGAGGUGUUGGAAGGUUUAUGGAAUAGUUACGAUGCUGAAAUUUCGUGUCCGGAUGUGUUUGAUGCGUUGGUUAGGGCGGCGUCUACUCUUUUAGGUGACACCGGUUGUGCUUAUCAAGUCAUUAUGAAGUUGAGGAUGGAGAAGGAUUUUGAUGUUUCAAUACAUGCUUGGAACAACUUUUUGAAUUGUGUAAUACGGUCGAAUGAGAUGAAUCAUUUUUGGAGAAAGUAUGAAGAGAUGAUCGGUUAUGGCUAUGUUGAAAAUGUUUAUACGAUGAACUUGGUUAUACACGCCUUGUGUAAAGAAAUGCUUUUGUAUGAAGCGCUUAGCGUGUUUUACCGAAUGUUAAAAGGUGGGAUAUAUCCUAACGUGGUUACUUUUAAUAUGAUUAUAAACGGUGCUUGUAAAACGGGUGAUGUUGAUUUAGGGUUAAAGUUGUUUAGAAAGAUGGAAAUGUUGUCAAGGGGGUUUGUUAUGCCUAAUUUGAUUACUUUUAAUUGUCUCAUUAACGGGUAUUGCAAGUUAGGAGACAUGAACACCGCAGAAAGCCUUGGAAAUGAAAUGAAGAAAAUGGGCAUUAAACCAAACUUAAGGACGUAUGGGACUUUGGUUGACGGGUAUUUGAGAAAAGGUUGCACAGAUGAAGCGUUUAGGUUGUGUUCUCAUAUGGUCGAUAACGGUUUGAUUCCCAAUAAUGUCAUUUAUAAUUCGAUAAUUCACUGGCUUUACUUCGGAGGAGAUAGUUCCACAGCGUCUAGUCUACUGUCGCAUAUGAUAAAAACAAACGUUUGCUUCGAUAAAUUCACUAAUGCUAUAUUGGUUAAGGGGCUAUCUAGAAACGGGUUCUUGAAUGAAGCUCUUGGUUACCAUGAAUGGCUCGUGGGGAAGAAUCUUGUGGAUAAAGAUCUUUUCUUGGAAAAUAUACUUGUUUAUUAUCUAUUUAGAAGUGGUAAUGAAUCCGUAUCAAAGGUCAAACAAGUUCUUAAUGAUAUAGUUGAUCGUGGGCUUACUCCAGAUACGGUCACGUAUGGUACUAUGAUUGAUGCGUUUAGUAAACAGGGGAGUAUAUCAAAUGCAGUUCGUGUUUACGAUGAUAUGAUAAAGAUGGGAAAGAGACCGAAUUUGGUGAUAUAUAAUUCCAUUGUAGAUGGUUUGUCUAAGAAUGUUUCCGUAGAUGUAGCCAAGAUUAUGGUAGAUGAGCUGAAGAAAUUAAGUUUGCUUGACGUAGUGACCGUUAACAUCUUAUUAAACGGUUAUUGUGCGACUUGGAAGGUUAAAGAAGCGUUGAGUUUAUUUUUUCAAAUGCAAGAAGAUGGGAAAUUAGUGAAUGAAGUCACAUACAAUAUACUCAUCAACUUUGUUUGCAAAUUUGGAUCAAUUCAAGAAGCAAGGGAACUGAUGGAGAUGAUGGUGACUCAAGGGUUGACUCCCGAUUCUAUUACAUAUACGAUUCUUGUUACACACGCUUGUAAGAAGAUUAGCCCGGAGGAAUUGAUCGAGUUGCAUGAUAAUUUGGUGGUCAAAGGAGUAAUUCCAGAUAGUCAAACGUACAACACAAUUGUUGCCCCGCUGAUUGGGAAGGAUAGAGUUGACCUUUGAUCUGUAGAGUUGACCUUUGAUCUGUGUACAUAGGUUAUAUUUUAUAUCGCGUAUUCUGGAGCUCCCAUAGAAAUGAAGCUCUUAUUUGGACUUGCUUGGACUUAAGAGGGUAACCCAUUCAAAUGGCCAAAUUGCUAUAUGAACUUGUAGCUUGUGCAUGCUUCGGGUAAAGAUGAUAUGCUAAAUCACUUAUUCUAGCUCUAAAUUUUGUAUUUUUAAAGCAUUCCCUAUGAUAAUGUUGACGACAGGGGAAAUGUAAAUUUGUCUCAGUUUUGAAAUGCCA